ACGACGACAGUAGUCCGGAAGCUCACGAACGGUAUUCCGACAACGAAAACCACGACCACCGCCGUCAUGAGCAGGAACGUGCCAAACCCUCGAUCUCUCCUCGUGGCUCCGAGAUCGACGCUGGUUUCCAGCCCCGCGCCGAAUCAGUCGCGGCUUGCCAUCGUGCCCGGACACCAAACUCUGAAGAACGGCGAAGCGAAGCAACCGAGUCUCAUCCGGCCGCAGCUCGUCGACGACGGGGUCGUUGACGAAGAGGAAGAAAUGGGGGUCGCUGAAACUUACUCGAAUUACGUCCCGGCCAAGCUACGGAUCGGACUGAAGCACCCCGACCCCGUGGUCGAAACGGCCUCGCUCUCUUCAGUACCCCCACCCGAUGUACAUUACCGCCUGAGCAUUCCCGAAGAGAUCAUCGAUACCGGUGCGCUAUCAGCUCUACAACUGGAAUCGAUAACUUACGCAUGUCAGCAACACGAUGUGAUUCUUCCAAACGGACAACGAGCCGGCUACCUGAUAGGCGACGGCCCCGGUAUCGGAAAGGGUCGGACCGUGGCCGGGAUAAUUUUCGAAAACUAUUUACUCGGUAGAAAGAGAGCUUUAUGGUUUUCGGUGUCGAACGACUUGCGUUUCGACGCCGAACGAGAUCUGAGGGACAUCGGGGCUUCGAAGCUCGAGGUGUGUCCGCUAAAUAAAUUCAAGUACCAUAAGAUCACGAGCAAGAAGAACGGCUCUUGCAAGAGAGGCGUCAUAUUCGCCACGUAUUCAUCGUUAAUCGGGGAGAGCUCAUCUAGCUCAUCCAAGUACCGAACACGGUUGAAACAGCUGUUGCACUGGUGUGGUGAUGAUUUUGACGGUGUUAUUGUAUUUGAUGAGUGUCACAAAGCCAAAAAUCUCUAUCCUGCCGGUUCUUCGAAACCCACAAAGACCGGCCAGACGGUGCUGGAGCUACAGAAUCGACUGCCUAAGGCGAGAGUCGUUUACGCUUCGGCCACCGGCGCGUCCGAGCCCAAAAACAUGGCCUACAUGACCCGGCUGGGCAUUUGGGGCGAAGGCACGCAGUUCAAAGAGUUCAAUGAUUUUCUCAACGCUGUGGAAAAACGCGGUGUCGGAAGCAUGGAACUGGUCGCCAUGGAUAUGAAACUCCGCGGAAUGUACAUCGCUCGACAACUAUCGUUCUCCGGUGUCACGUUCAGAAUCGAGGAGGUCGCACUCCAAGAUCAUUUCGUUCAAACAUAUAACUUGUCUGUGAAAUUGUGGGUCGAGGCACGGAGGAUGUUCUCCGAAGCCGCGCAGCUGAUGGACGCCGACACCCGGGUGAAGAAAACCAUGUGGGGGCAGUUCUGGGGCGCCCAUCAGCGCUUCUUCAAAUAUUUGUGCAUCGCGGCCAAGGUAUCAUACGUGGUGAAAGUGGCCAAGGAAGCCAUCAAGGACGGCAAGUGCGUCGUAAUCGGUCUCCAAUCGACUGGCGAGAGUCGGACCCUCGAGCAACUCGAAGAACAGGGCGGCGAACUGACGGAUUUCGUCUCGACAGCCAAAGGGGUCUUCCAGAGCCUUGUGGAGAAGCACUUCCCGGCGCCGAACCGGAAGAAAACACUCGCGCUCCUGGGUCUGGGCGGCUCGUUCCUCGACGAGCGGGAUUUCAUGCCGAAAAAGGAAGAAUUCCCCAUGAAGACCGAAACGGAGCCCGAAGAGAGUUCGGAGCACGACUCGAGCUCCGAAGUGAGUUCGGGAGACGCGUCUGACGAUUCCGACGAGGACGAUCUCAGCGGCGACGACUUCAACCCUUUCGGUGGAGACAACGGCGACGAGGACGAUCCCUGGGCGAAUCGGAGCCUGAAACGGAAACGGAAGAACAAGGAUGCGGACAAGAAUCCUAAGCGUGAGAAGAAAGAGAGAAAAGUCAAGCGAGAAGGAAGAGCCCAAACCGUCCGUCCCAAAAAAGAGCGGUCACCUUCCCCCUUCUCGGAGAUGACGCAGCCCCUGUACUUCAGCAAAGACUCUGGUGAUAAAGCAGCUGCCAUGAAGCUGCAGCUUUUGAACAUGCUCGAAAACAUCGGUGAAUACCUCCCCAUCAACACGCUGGAUCAGCUGAUCGACGAACUCGGCGGGCCGACGUUCGUCGCCGAGAUGACCGGACGCAAGGGCCGACUGAUCAACGGGAGCGCCGGGGUUUCGUACGAGUCCCGGACGGAGAGUGACGUCCCGCUGGAAAUUCUCAACGUCACCGAAAAACAGCGUUUCAUGGACGGGGAGAAGAACAUCGCCAUAAUUUCCGAAGCCGCGUCGUCUGGAAUAUCGCUCCAGGCCGAUCGACGCGCCGAAAACCGCAAGCGGAGGUUGCACAUAACGCUCGAGCUGCCGUGGAGCGCCGAUCGGGCCGUGCAGCAAUUCGGUAGAACCCACAGAUCGAACCAGGUCUCAGCUCCCGAGUACCUUUUUCUCAUUAGCGAUUUGGCGGGAGAACGCCGAUUCGCUUCGAUCGUCGCCAAGCGCAUCGAGAGCAUGGGAGCUUUAACGCACGGCGAUCGUCGGGCGGGCGAAUCGCGAGAUCUGUCCGUCUUCAAUAUCGACAACAAUUACGGUCGGAUCGCCCUCGAGCAAACGAUGAAGGCUAUCAUGGGUCACGAGAGACCCAUGGUCAAACCUCCCGCGGAUUACGACGGGGAUUUCUUCCAAGAUUGCAAGGAGGGUCUUCUCGGUGUGGGUCUCGUAGUGAAGGACGACCACUCGCAAGCGAUGAGUCUCGACAAGGAUUAUAAUAAUAUUUCGAAGUUCCUCAACCGAUUGCUCGGUCUAAAAGUCAUGCUGCAAAACGCACUGUUCAAGUACUUUAUGGACACGAUGGAGGCCGUGGUCUCUACGGCGAAGAAAACCGGUCGAUUCGAUAUGGGCAUUCUCGACUUGGGCGCAAACGCCGACAACGUCAAACUAGACUCGACUGAAGAGUUCGUCCGGGAAUCCCCCACCGGAUCGACCGUUACCGAGCUCCACACGGUUCGAAUCGAGCGGGGAAUGAGCUGGUUGGAAGCAAUCGACAAAUACAAGGAACUGUGCGAGAACGAUGAGGGUUUCUACUCGUUGAAUCAAAUGACGAAGAACGGCAAGAAAACCGCUAUUCUCGCGGUCUACGCCGGUAAAACGAAGAAAGGCAAACAGAAGGAGAAAACCUUCCGAAUCUUCCGACCGCAUACGGGCCUACAGAUGAAACAGGAGAAUCUUGCCGAUCUCAGGAGCAAGUACACGUUCCUCACGCCCGAUGACGCCCAAGAUCUGUGGCAAGCCCAAUAUGAAAGCUCGGAGAAAUCAUGUUCGCACAUCUUCGGCAACGGCUUCUGUAACAAACGAAACUCCGGACAUCCUUGCGAUGUUGGACUCCGAUCUCGGACGUACCACGUCCUCGCCGGCUCCGUUUUCACGGUAUGGUCUAAAAUCGAAACGGCACUGUCGACCAACAAUAUGAACUCGUCGAAGCUGCAGGUCGUACGACUCAAAACCGAAGACGAUCUUCGCAUUGUGGGUACGAUCGUGCCUCCUAUCUGUGUGCCCACCCUCCGCACGAUUCUGGCUCAAGACGCCAAAAAAACUAGCAUAAAAAAAUUCAAUGAAGACGACGAAGUCCAAGAUGACUGAAUUGGA